AUGGCCAAGAGGCAGCAUUGUCCACAGUCACUACAAGCAAAGCAGAGACAUGGCCGUUCCUCAGAAAGUAAAGAUCAUUCCUGACAUAGGCCAUUCCCACUUCAUUGGUAUGCCAAUGUUGGCAGAAAUGCUCAUACAUCAUGACUUUUACCACCUCAGCAUGUUAGAUAGUAUGCAAUAUUAUUAAAUAUAACUAUCCUUAUAUCUCAGUUGAUAUUUGAACUAUGGGCAUCUGGCAGAAUUCCCCUGAUCUCUUUGCAAUGAGCUUUGGGGCUGUUGAUCAGAGACAUAGGAUGGCACACAACCACCUGGUGGGUUAUACAGAGGUACUGUUGAACCCAUGUAUGAACUAUUUUCAUUUUGCAAAAAUGCCAAUUUAAAGAAUGAGCAUGUGCAAUGUAUGUUUCGGAUGUGUAAGCUAUGUAACUUUUCCAAAACAGUAAUUUUGAGUCUCAGCAAGUACAACAUGUUGUUUUGCAUGUUCCCUCACUAGUAUCAAAAAAUCUCUAAACUAUCAGCUGGUUACAGCUGACCUACACAACUGAGCAUUGGGACGCAGCUGGCGCUGCGGUCUAAACCACCGAGCCUCUUGGGCUUGCCGAUUAUAAGGUCAGCAGUUCGAAUCCUCUAGAUGGGGUGAGCUUCCAUUUCUCUAUCCCAGCUCCUGUCAACCUAGCAGUUCAAAAUCAUGCCAGCGUGAGUAAAUAGAUAGGUACUGCUGCGGUGGGAAGGUAAAACAAUGUUUCCAUGUGCUCUGGCUUUCAUCACGGUGUUCUGUUACACCAGAAGCAGUUUAGUCCUGCUGGCCACAUGACCUAGAAAAGCUGUCUGCAGACAAACACUAGCUCCCUUGGCCUGAAAGCAUAAAUGAGUGCUGCACCCCAUAGUCAAAUUCGACUGGACUUCACUGUCCAGGGGUCCUUUACCUUACAGAACUGAGCCAACCUAUUCCCAUAUUAAAGCACCUCUUAACUUGAUUUGUUCAGGUCUGGAAAAAGGAAUGACUAGAAGUUGGCCCCUAGGUCAAAUAUCCUCUUCCCCUUGUCUGGACAUUUUAAUCAUUAUUCAGAUGUAAAGCAAAAGAAAGGGACUGAAUCACCUACCCAGGAGAAUCACGAUGCAGAGCAGAAUGGCAACGAGGGCUCCUGUGCUAAGACCCGCUGGAAGGAGCAAAGCUUCAGCAUUGCAAGACUGCAUGUUCCCUCGGCUGUCACAGGUGCACACCCGGAUAGUCAGUGUGCCAGUGCUGCUUUGGAUGGGGUAGUCAUUGUCAAAUAUUACCACUGGCAGGACAUAGGUGCUCAUUUUAUUCCGGCUGUAUCCAUUCCUUCUUGUUAUGAUGCCUGCUGUGUUAUCUGAACCAGAAGACCAAGAGAAAUGGAAACUCACAUUAGGAAUCUUUACGUGCAGGGAUGAAAACAGGGCACCUAGAGCUAAUAAUUAGAGCCUACCUUUGUUGUCCACGAUGGAGAAGUUCGGAUGGACUGUGUAUUCUGGCACCAGCUCAAAAAAAAAUUUGUGUCCACGUGGUGGCUCAUCCUUGUCCACAGCACUAAUGGUUUGUAUGAGCUGCCAGGAAACAUAGGAACAUGUUGUGAGAAAAUUAAAACCACCUUUUCAAGCUCUAAUUCUGAAAUACCUGAAAUGACUUGAGAAGAACCAGAUCAAUGGCAUUUUACUACUGUUGUGUGGAGUUCAUACUGGAGAUUGGUUUACGGAUAAGGCACAACUCACAACACCUGUGAGGGAAUGUUGCUCGCUGCUUGCCAUCUAUUGCCCUAGCACAGUUCUUUUCAAAUUGUGUUGCAGAAAACCAUGGGGUUUGUUGGAAGUUUAU